AUGACCAUCCUCACUUCAGAAGACAAAGAGAAAAUCAAGCGAGCGAUUCCAAAAGCAUCGAAUAAGAUUAUAGAUGCUACAGCAGCGAGGCUCUAUAUAGCAUAUCCAGAUACAAAUGCGUGGAAAUUCACAGGUCUUUCUGGAGCCAUUGUGUUUUCAGAUGAUUUAGUUGGGCAUACGUUUUUCUUGAAAAUGGUGGAUAUUCACGGAAACAGAGGAGUCUUGUGGGAUCAGGAGUUGUAUGUGGACUUUCAGUACAAUCAGGACAGACUCUUUUUCCACACCUUUGAGUUGGAUGAAUGCCUUGCGGGACUUCUGUUUGAAGAUAAGAAAGAUGCCCAGCAUUUUUACAAAAGGGUCGCCCACAGGGAAAAGUAUGGUUCCAAGCAGACUUUGCACAACAAGAAGGCCAUUGAAUUGAAGAAAAAGCCUUCUGCAGAUACCAAUGAGCGGAAAAUCGGCCUUCGUGGCGAUUUAUCACAGAGUACGGCGGCAAAUGAUGGAAUUUCAAAUGAGCAGAGGAUAAGACGGGCCCAUGGAGUAAUUUAUUAUGACAAGGAGCCUCCACCAGAGUGGAGAUCUUUCUAUAAGGAGCUUGAAAGUGUGGGUAUAAAGGAAAGUAUGAUUGCAGAAAACAGAGAAUUCAUUAAGGACUAUAUUUCCAAGCACGGGGGACCGUUGGUUGGACUCGAACCCCCAAUUCCUCGUAAGUACAUGUAUAAAACCGUUGAAAGUGAUGUUGCAUCCAGGAAAAGCUCUGUUUCUUCAUCUACAAGAAGAAAAAAAGCCCCUCCUCCUCCUCCCCCUGCUGCCGGUGGUAUUUCUUCAUCUUCCGUCUCUUCUUUGGCGAAAAAUCCAGAGUCUGCCGCCUCAUCCCAGCAUUCCGCAUCUCCAGAUCCAUUUGCUGCACCAAGUUCUGCCGCUACCACAUCUCCACAGAAGCAUUUCGUGCCUCCUCUGCCUGCAUCCGUGCACCAGCAGCAACUGCAACAACAAACACCACAACCAUUUGCAAGACCUCUGCCUCCCCAGCCUGGCCUACCGCCAAGAAAUGGCACUGUGCCCACCUUGCCCGUUAGAGCCACGGCUAAUGCCCCUCCUCCUCCUCCACCUCGGAAUUCAAACCCAACAUCGCAGAUUUUGCCCCAAAAUGCCUCACGAAGGUCUGCAGCACCGCCACCUCCGCCACCAAGAAGAACUGGACCUCCUCCUCCCCCUUCGAGAAACACAACGCACAAAAUUUUGACGCCUCCUCCUUCCCAAAGACAGAGUACAACCCAGCAACCAACUUUCACCGCCACUUCACCGCCACGGACAACUUUCCCGGCUGCACAACCAACACAGCAGACGCAGUAUGGCUAUUCACGGCCUGCAGUUCAGGCUCCGGUGGCUUCCCCACAAUCUGCAUCCAUCUCUACAUCACCACCUCCUCCUCCUGCUUUCCCUGCAUCGUCUGUUGCCGCAAACUCUCUAUCUUCUGCCAUUCCGGCGGCUCCUCCGGCUCCUCUGGCUCCUCCUCUUCCUCCCACUGGUCAGCAAGGUGGAAAUUCGGCUAUUCCGGCGGCACCUCCUGCACCGCCUGCACCUACUACUCCUUCUGCACCGCCUGCUCCUCCUGCGCCCACUACUUCAUCUUCAAAUUCUGCACCCGCCCUCCCACAAGUGGAUUCUGGCAGAGAAGCACUUCUUGCUUCAAUCAGGGGUGCUGGAAUUCAGUCGCUCAGGAAAACAGACAAAACGCAUUUGGACAGACCAAGUCCACUAUUGCAGAAGAAAAGCGGUGCGUCCGAACAAGUUUCUUCGCCGGGUGCAACUCCCGGACAGCCUGGCAACUUGGCUGAUGCUCUUGCAGUUGCCUUAAAGGCCAGAAAGGACAAAGUGUCGCAGUCCGAUGAUGAGGAUGACGAUUGGUGA